AUGUUUAGAAUUAAAGUGGAAUUAUUACUUUUACUCGUGGUCUUGAUACAAAUAAAAUUUCGUUUAGUAAAAUCAAAUAAAUUUGAUGAUGAUGAUGAUUACAAAUGGGAAUGUGGAAAUUCUAAUUCACGUCAUUUGGUUGUUGCUGACGUUGCAACUCGUACAACAAACGACACAGCAAAAAAAAAUUACAUUGUGGAAUAUAGUGAUCACGAAGACAUACCUAAUUAUAGAAAACUCUUAACCCCUCACACUCAGCAAUAUAAUUUUUUCGAAGGAAAUUAUUUUUUUACGAACGAAAGGAAUAAUAAAUUAUUUAUAAAUAAAUGUUGCUCUUUGAAUUCAUAUUUCGAUAUUGAAAAUUACAAUUGCGUCGAAUUCGACAAUGACAAUUACACAAAAAAUUUAACGGAAUUUUUUUUCAACGGACUAAAUAAUCAGGAUGGUACCAAGUAUUUGUUUGUCGAAAAUGAACCUCGUUGCGACAACAAUUCCGUCGUAUCGACUUAUUUAUUAACAAAAAUUGAAUUCGAAGGUUUGGGUAUAAAAAUAAACGAAACAAUUUACAAAAAUUAUUGCAUCGAUAAAAAUCCUAAUUAUUUAAAUCAAACUAUCGUUUUAAUUUGUCAAGAUUCUAAUGAAAUUUGUUUGAAUAAAAAAUGUUUUCGAAAAUGUUGUCCGCUCAAACAAUCAUACGGUCCGAUGGGUCGUAAAUGUCAAAGGACAAAUCAUCCUUUUCAUCCAGAAUUUUUUCGUUUGCCAUCUUUGGAUUCUGAUAAUUCGAUAACGUUGUCAGAUUAUGGGCUACUCCUGGGCGAUGCCUGUGAAAAACAAGGAAAAUAUCUACUCGAAAGAGACGAAGGAGAAAUAAGUUAUUUAGAUGUUUCUGGAAAUUUAUACGUUCCAAUGUAUAAAAAAUGUUUUAAAAAAAACGAUUUCUGUUUAGAACACGUUGAAUUUGGUAAUUACAGCGAAAUCGGAAGUUUUUUAUGUUUCGCAAAAGGAUCCUCUAAUUUUGAAAAUUCAAAUCUUCAAUAUUUGCUUUUGUCUUCUGGUCUUAUUAUUUCAUGCACGUUUCUUUUGUUUACAUUUUUAUUUUAUUUAUUUUCUCCAAAAUCUAGAAAUUUGUACGGUAAAACAAUUAUGUGCUACAUUUGUAGUCUUUUUACCGCUUACCUUUGUUUAGCAAUUGUCGGAUUAAAAUCAACAGAACUUAACAAACGUCUUUGCAUUUACAUGGGGUAUGCCAUAUUGUUUUCCUUUCUGGCGGCAUUUUUUUGGUUAAAUGUUAUAUCGUUUGAUGUUUGGAAAACGUUUAGCCUGGAAAGAUCAAAAUCAGACAAGAGUAAAAAAACAAAAUUUCUAUGGUAUUCGUUAUAUGCUUGGUUUUUUCCAUGUUUGAUAACAACCGCAUGUGCUAUCGUUAAUCAAAUGGAUAAUUUUCCUUUUUCUUCAUUAAAACCGGAUAUUGGAGAAGAAAAUUGUUGGUUUUCAAGGCAAACGAAAGCAAUUUAUUUAUUUUUUAUAGCACCGAUUUCAUUAAUAAUAACAUGUAACAUUGUUUUUUAUAUUCAAACGGCUAUGAAAAUAAGAAAAGUUAAACUUGAUGUUGCGAAAAUGGGAAAACAAAAACAUUCAAAAUUUGCAGCCAACAGAGAUCAAUUUAUUAUUAAUGGAAAAUUAUUUAUUGUCAUGGGAAUAACUUGGAGUUUGGAAAUUAUUUCAUUUUUUGCUCCUCAUCCGAUUUGGUACAUAACCGACACUGCUAAUGCACUUCAUGGAGUUUUUAUAUUUGCUGUUUUCGUCCUUAAAAAAAAGAUGUUUCAACAACUUUCUCAUCGGAUUAGGUAUCCUUUAAGAAGUAUAAAACAAUUCUCAACUUCAGGACAAACUAAUACAUCUUCAUCGAGAAGUUUAAGAGAAUCGGUUACUAAUUCAAAAAGUCAAAUAAUAUCAACUACAACCGCCGCAUCCAGCGAUUUAAAAAAGUAA